UGUUGGGCAAUGGGAAGCCAGUGGAUGGAUUGGCAGAGAGGGGUGGAGGACACUGAAUGGAGGCCAGUGAAGGGAUUGGCAGAGAGGGGUGGAGGACACUGAAUGGAGGCCAGUGGAGGGAUUGGCAGAGAGGGGUGGAGGACACUGAAUGGAGGCCAGUGGAGGGAUUGGCAGAGAGGGGUGGAGGACACUGAAUGGAGGCCAGUGAAGGAAUUGGCAGAGAGGGGAGGAGGACACUGAAUGGAGGCCAGUGGAGGGAUUGGCAGAGAGGGGUGGAGGACAAUGAAUGGAGGCCAGUGGAGGGAUUGGCAGAGAGGGAUGGAGACCAGUGGAGGGAUUGGCAGAGAGGGGUGGAAGACACUGAAUGGAGGCCAGUGGAGGGAUUGGCAGAUACAGAACGGAAUGGCGUAUCUUGGAGAUGUUGCAGAGGUGAAGUCUACAAGAUUUGGACAGUGAUUGGAUUUGGGACUGAAAGGACAGAUGGGAGUCUAGGAUUACACCUAGUACCCUGGCAUGAG